ACCCAACCGAGCAAGAAUCCAAGACUCAUACAUAAGUUACGGCACCUCUACCAGCGGACAAACAAACAAAAAAACUACAAACAAGAAAGAAAGAAAAUGCCAACCCCCGAGUCCGCAGCAUUCCUCGCCAAAAAGCCCACCGUCCCACCGACCUUCGACGGCGUCGACUACGAGGACAACGCCGCGCUAAAGGCGGCCCAGGACGCCAUCAUCCGCGAGCAAUGGGUCCGCACGAUGAUGGCGAGACUCGUGCGCGAGGAGUUGAGCAAAUGCUACCGGAGGGAGGGGGUCAAUCAUCUUGCCAGGUGUGGGGUUCUGAGAGGUGAGUUUCGGUUUGGAGGUUCUUUUUUUUUUCUUUUCCCCGCGAGGCUGAUAGGUGGUGGGUGGGGUGGAUAGAGAGGUAUAUGGAAUUACUCAAGGAUUCAAAGAUUAAAGGGUACCUCUUUGAGCAGAAGAAUUAUAUUCCAAAGAAAUAGAUUGAGGGUGGGGAGUGUUCUUUCUUUUGAAGGGGGGGGGGAUGUGAAGUGGGUGUAUUAUAAUAUUGAGUUUGGUACAAACCUGGAACCGGUUCGCGCUUUGGGUUUCGAGUGGAUUGUGUAUAUUGCGGUUGGCUUUUCUUCUUUUUUUCUUCUGAUUAUUGUGCAAUUGGUGUGAUCUUUUGCUGGUCUGGUAACAUAUCCUCUGGUCGUCGCUUCUGUCAUUUGCUGGUAGUGGUUGUGGUUUAAAUGAAAUGGGUGGGAUACGGAUAUCGAUAGGACAGCCGGCAUCCUUCCACCCCUGGGUUCCGGGAAUUACCCAAUCCCCCCAAUUUAACCUAGGUAUCGUACUAAAUUGGGCUAAGAUCCUCACACUCAGCAUCUCCAU